AGAGAUCACAGAUCAAGCAAAAAACGGUCUGAGUCACCACCAGCUAGCACUUACAAGGAGAAAAAACAUGAUGGAAAGAAGCAGCGUAAAGUCUCAAGUUCUGAAUCACCUUCUCCCAAAAGAAGAAAAUCAGAAGACAAACAAGAGAGUCGAGUGAAAAAACACGAAACGUCAGAAUCAGAAGAAUCGGAAGAGGAGCAACGCGAGAAGGUUGUGAAGAAAAAGCGACGUGCCUCCAGUUCAGAAGAUGAAGUAAAAGUGAAGAAGAAGAAAAAGAAGAAGCAGCGGGAAACUUCCAGUGAAUCUGAACCU